ACCAUCCAGUGAAGCUGUCUUUGAUGGGAAAUUUUUUCUUCGUAGUGUGACAUUAGCACUUCAAUAUUUCCUGACAAAAAGCUCUUCCAACAUCAAAAUUAUCGAUGAGAAGUUGUUUUGCUGUGUAAGACUAGUCUACAGAGUGGAACUAUUCGGGUUUACGAAUAGUAACAUGGAGAGCCGCGUUGUUCUAGCGUGCAUGAUAUAUUUUGUCCUGCCUCAGUCCGCGUGUGGGUCGGACAUAGGGCUCGGAAGGGAAAGAUCUCCAGGAUCGCUUGAAGACGUACCCAGUAAGUAGUCUAACUUUCACUUAGGAAAAUUUUUAAAGUUUGACAUGCACAGUGGUUUGAAUUUUGGGGCUUGACCGAAAAUCUUUUUUGUAAACAAGUCUGCGUCGUUUGCAUAUGUCAGCACGUACAACUUUAUCAGCCGUCUGGAAGGCCUAACCUUGUACAAUUUGCUUUUGUUAAUUUUCAAAUACCGCCAAUAAAGUUCCUUUUUAUCUAGUAAAUAAAAAACCUCUCAGUUUUUAUCUACAUCUGACCUACAACGUUUAAUUUUUUUGCAAUAUUCUUGAUUGUUUACGCGUCGGACAAUGUAGUUGAUCCAAUCAUACAUUUUCAUCUGUGUGUUUCCCAAAGCUGCAAAAUCGUGUUUGUCAUCGAUCUUUUCGUCUGCAUGUUUGCAUAGAAGUUAACUCACCUUUCGUGUGCGACAUCGGAAGACUAGGAAGUUAUUAAUUUUUGACUUAAAGAAUUGCAAAGUUGAGUCUCGUUUUGAUUUGUGCUGAAUCUCAAUUCUGUUUUAUUUAUUCUAAUUUGGUCGUAAUGAUUUGCCCUAAUGUGGCUGGGUCGUUAUAAAUUCCUUUGUUAACUAUGAUUAGCCUUCGCAGAUUAUCCGUAUAACCACUACGCAUAGUUUGCCAUGCUUGGCGUUAAUCACUCCAAUUAAAAUUUAAGAUUGUGUAAGAACCGGAAAUUAAUUUAUCGCGUGCGAGAUAAUCUGUCUCCAAGACUUUCGUUGUGGUUUCCUUUUACAUUUAUCACCUCACGUGCUCAUGUGAUCUGAAGCAAUUAUUAAAACGUGCUUUGGUUUUUGUAAACAAAUGUUUUGGCCUUAGAAGUAUUUUACAAUUACUUUUGAACAAAACACUGUAUUAAAUGUCUGUGAUUGAUGUUACACAUUUUGUGUUGAUGCUGUUGAAUUCAAAUUAAGAAACAUGGAGUAACAGACUCGGAAACUGUAAACAAUAACAACUGUAAUUAAGAUUUAAGAGGGUAAAAAAGGAGCCCCAGUAGAGCUCUGCCUAUUGAAGCUGCAAACGGAAAUGAAAACUGGCACUAAAACGCUUUAUUUUAUGAAUUUCUCAGUUUUCAAGAUGCUGGUUAUUCAUGUGUGGGGGUAAUUUGCCAACUCCCUUUAAAAUCCACUGGUGCAGGUAAUUUGCCAUUUGGGUAACUGAAAGGUGCAAAUAUUAAAGGAAAAAGGCUUAUAGUUCAGAGCAAAAAGUUAGAGCUAACCAAGUUGGAGUCAGUGAGAUUCUGUUGCACAACAAGGAACCAUCAAGAUUUGAUUACUUAUUUCAUCAACUAUUUUAAGUUUAAUUUGUGUGUGUAUUUGACAAGGAGCACCUUAAUGUUACAUCAUAUGUGAUAAAUUGAUCACAUGUUAAAUUUUGCAGUGAUAAAUAUUUUCACCAAAAAAUUGUGCAUAUUAUUUUUAUGUAAUGUUUAAUGUACUGUUGAAAACUUCGACAAUGAAUGAGUGGCCAGUAAUCAGAUCCUUGUAUUUGUGUAAAGAUUUCUGGGAUCACCACAGGGCAAACAUUGCAAGUUGUUUGAAGGAAAUAUAUGGCAAAAGGUUGUUUGGAGCCAAUUAUCAAUGCUGGUUGGUUCUUAUUGAUCACAACACAGAGGCAAUAUAGGUGUUUCAUCACCUAAUGUAUCUCAAUAAUAUUUAAUUGUCAAGCAUACCAUUUCAAUCUAUUGCUGCCUUGUGGUAGCUGUUGUAUCAUUUUUUUUUUUUGUAUUACCAAGUGAAGAAUUAAAAAGCUGGAAGUGGACUUAAAACAAGUAAAUAAAGCUGAAAGGGCUUCAUUGAGUUAUUUCUUGGUGAUUUAUCACUAAUCAUUCUUAAGUAGGAGACAUUAUGCAAUGUCAAUUUCAGUAUAACCCUUGCACAUAGAGAAAGGGUAAUUGCUAGAUUUUGCUAUAUAUUUCAUGGUUGUUCAAACAAAACCUUGGGACACCCUUCUAUUAAUAUUACCCCCACCCAUUUCUGAUAAAAUAGAGGCAAAAAAGGGAUGAUCUCAAACCAAAAUCUUUUUUUUUUUUUUUUUUUUUUCAGACAUUAAAACAAUGUUUUGCCUCACAUUUCUCUCUAGCAAGUUGUAUAUCGACUAUCCCAGAAAAUAUUUGUGCAAACACAAGGAUCUGAUUACUGGCAACUCAUUCAUUGGUUACAUCAGCCCGAUUUGAGCACAAAUAGGACAGUGUGCACAUUAUGCUCGUACGAAUGGUACAUGUCAUGUGUGUGCACUAUUGUCGGAAUGGAAUUCAUGUCAUGUGUGCGAAAAAAAAUUAGUUUAUUCUCUAAUGCUGCUAUAGUUUUGAUUUUGCAAGAGUUCACCGUUGGUCUUAUGAAAAUAAAUAGUGGACAAUUAGUUUGUCUCGCUAAUGCUGCUAUAGUUUUGAUUAGUUGGUAACAAGACUUCACAUAAUCCAAUUCUGUCUGUAAUCACAAUUGUGGUUCACAAAUCGGACUCCCUCUUCAUGGUCAUUGGAUUCUGUUAAUCAUCUGUAUGAUCACAGACCAAAUUGGAAUCCACUCAGUCCUAAUCAGAGAUUACUUAACCAAUUAUGAAGUUCAUAUUAUGAAGUUCGUGUUGCGACCUGGUAGCUAAACUUUAUUUUUCUUAUUUGUCUACUUCUGAUUCCAUGAAAUAUUAUUGCUCAUACUUAGAAGCUUUGGUAUUCACUUAAGUUAGCCAUGUUUUAUAAGCAUAUAGAAGAUAUUUGAGUAUGUAACUUUGUUACUGAAACAGAAAGCUGAUCAAAGAACCAAAUAAUACACAUGCAUGUUUGUUUUCAUUAUUUAUGUUCCCCCUCCCCUUUUUCUUUACAGGUACAAAUGUGGUGAAACCUGAGUUUAUCACAGAACCAGAAGACAGAUUUGUCUUGUCAAAGUCACUAUGGGCCAAUUUGUUGUGCGAGGCCAGAUUUGUGUCAAACUUAAAUUUUCAUUGUACUGGUGGAUUACCUCAGAGAGAAAUUCAUUACAAUCAAACUGGGAAUCCAGUGAAGUUGCUGAUUGUGGAAAUAACCUUAAAAAACAAUGCUACUGAUGCUGUCUGCACUUGUGUGGCCACUGGUUAUAAGGGCCAAGUUAUAAAAAGUCGACCUGCAGCCAUAAGGAAAGCUUGUAAGUGGAUCUAUGUUAUCAGCAAUGUCCUGUUUUGUGUUUUUCUUUUAUUUUGUAAGAAUUAAAGGUCCUAUAGUGUCAUGUACAUGUAGGACAUAUGAAAAAAAUUUGACAGUUUGGUGCAUUACAAGUGAGGUUUGCUCAAGUCUGAUGUCUAAUUCUCAUUGGUUUUAUAAAGCUCAGGACAAAAUUGUCCUUUUAAUUUUUUUGUUUUUGCUUUUGUUUUGUUUUGUUUUUUGCUGGUUUGCAGUUCAUUUUUAAGAGUUUUUCUGGCAUAAGUUGCUUGUCUUGAAAACUGAAUGCAAAUUAGAGAAAAAGUACUGAUCUUUCUUUGCCCAAUAAAAAAAAUUAAAUGCUUAAAAGCCUAGCAUAAUUAUAUUAUUAGAGCAGCCAUGUGCACGGUAAAGGUAAUGAGUCUUGUUGACUAAUAACUUUAACUGGCCUCCGUAGUGUGAUGGGGUCUGCUGAUAGGGAAAACAGCUUGCUAAAAGAGAUGGAAAAGUAAUUGUUUUCCAAUGUUCUUCAAUUCUCUUGACAGAUCUGGACAAAAAUGUAGUGAUUUCACCAUCUGCUAACACAAGAGUACCAAAAAACACUAUGGUCACUUUGAAAUGCAAGCCUCCAGCAGGAGUUCCAAGACCAACGGUCUCCUGGUGGAAAGAUGGUCGUCUCUUGGAUUCAAGCAGCAGAGGAGUUCUGUUUGGAACUGAUCCUAACUUCCUUGAGGUCAUCAUAAGGAAAGCAAAAAUCUUACAUGGAGGGUAUUACACCUGUGAGGUGUCAAACCUUGCUGGAAGCCAAAAGAGCUCUGCUAUCAAGUUGACUGUUUAUGGUAUGACCUUUAAGCAUGUAUUGUGUUCAUGACCACUGUAUUUUUGUCUAUUAACUGAAUUUACCUGUGAUGGCAAUAGUUUUGUAGAACAUGUGUCUCUCAUGAUUAACAAUUUGCUUGCUUUUAAAGGUCUGUUUCCUCUGUUACAAGUUAAAAAAAUAACUGUGUACAAUCAAACAAAUACAAUGUAACUAAAUGUUUUGUUAAGCAAUCACAAACAAUGGAAAUCAAUCAAAACAAAAUUUGAUCAAAUGUUAUUUUAAGUGAUUGAGCAGCAAAAGAAGUCAAAGCUUAAGGCUUAACAGUUUUUUACAGUAUUACCCAUCUUUUGCAUUGUUUUUACCUGAAACCUAAUUUGUCUGAGCCAAUCAGCUUGACAAAUAUUUAGAUGUAUAUUCUACUAGAUAUUGAUAACCUAGCCACUGUACCUGACUAAUUAUUUACUUGAAAAGACUCCACAAACCUAUGAACCAAUUUCACCUGGGAGUGGUAUAAUUAUAUUGAUCAGAAAAGUUCCAAAAACAUAUUGAACCUCAUACUGAGAGACAGGGCAAAAUGGUAAUUGUCACUUAUAUGCACUAUAUGCUUGUUCUAUAUAUUUACCUUUUCAUAAUAGUUGACUAGGAAACUGAUUAUGAUGGUGGCUUAUGUACAGUUAUGUAGCAUGUGAAUUGAAUUAUUUGGUUGACAUAUUAUACUUAUUUACAGUUGAUGGUGGUUGGUCUGAGUGGCGGGAGUUUUCACCUUGUAAUGCACCCAAAUGUGGAACUGGGAGGAAGAUGUUAAAACGGUGGUGUUCAAAUCCUCCACCUCAAAAAGGUGGCAACCUCUGUGAAGGUUCCAAUAUCAAAUAUGAGCCAUGUCAAGACUUCUCUCCAGGUACUUUGUGUCAUGGUCAUUUUGGUGUAGCUAUGAAGUAGAUACAUGUAGGUCACUCUUGCAGUGUCUCCUUCCACCUACAUUUGUGAGUGGGACAAACUGUCAGCCAAACCUGACAAAUUUCUGAGAUUUCAAAUGCAUGCCAUCCAGGAACCAAAGGUAGUUCCUAGUCAAUUUACAACACAGAAACUGUGAUAAGCUUCUGGAAUGAAUGUCACUCAGCUUGAGAGCAUAUAUUAACUUUUAGAUGUAUUUGACUUAUUUGCAAUGUAAGUGUCUCAUCUAUCUAGCCUUUUUGUCAACCUCUAGCAUGCAUGUUCUUUUGAGGAUGAAUUGAAUGCAUUUUGUGUAGUUGUAAAAGUGAAUGGGGAGUCCAUGGGCUGAGAGAAUGGAGUUUGGUGGAGGUUGGAAACUACAGCACUGUACUACUGAAACAUAUUUUUCCUUUUGUCUUUAAUUCAGGAAUGGGUAAUUAUAUUCUGUUAUUGUGGUAAUAGAGACAAGCAAUGUGUAACUGACAUCUGACUUAAAAGUGAACCCUCAGGUGCUGAUUGCUGGAUACAAAAUCACACCAAAAUAAAGAUGUUUAAAACCGAACAGAAACUGUUCUAUUUAAAAUUUAGAAUGAUGGAACAACAACAAAUUCGGAUUUUUUUCCUCUUUUAUAGAUAUAAAUAUAACUUGUCCUGAUCACAUCAACAUAUUUGUCAACCAAUCAGAUGUGAGAUUGUUGAAUGUCUCUUGGAAUAAGCCUGUUAUUCACAGUGCAGGGAAUGAUACAAAGUUCUCAGUAAAAGUUAUUCCUGAUUGGGCCCAGCCACCUGCUUUGUUUGAAGCAAAAAGUUCGGUGUAUGUCAUCAAGUAUUUAACACAGGAUAAGUGCGGAUACACAGCCAGUUGUUCCUUCAACAUCACAGUGUAUAAUUAUUCUGGUAAGUCUUAGCACUUUUUGUUUUAGAUAUCAUUAGCGAUAUUCUCAGAUAUCACAGAGACUUAAGACACAAGAUAUUAGCUCUUAACAGGGUGGGUGUUAAGGCUUUUGAUGUAUACAUUUUAAUACAGUACUGAUGGAGAGUCGGUGAAUGCUUCCAUUUGUUUCCUACGAGUACAUUCAUUAAUAUUCUUUAUAGUGUCAAGACUGAGAGAUAUUCAAUAAGUGAUAUUGCAUACAGAAAUUUCAACUAAGUAGUAAACCAGAACAUGUAUGUAGGUCUUAGAAAAUGUGUGAGACUAUCUGUGAACCUUGUUUGUUCAAAACGCUAUCGUGUGAUUUACCAAUAGCUAUUUUAGGCGUAUGCCUAUCGAAGAGUCCUCAUUCAGCUCAAGAAUGACUUUUCUUAUGUCUAUUUUCCUCCAGCCUCUGCGUGUGCAACCCCGAACUGCAAGAGAAACACUUUGGCUUCAAAAGCACCACCAGUCUUUAUUUCAACGGUUAAAGCGACGAAAAUUUCAUUUGGUAAGAUCCUUUGGAACUCUCCAACGAUAGCUCCCAGUGAUAUGAUAACUAUGAUAAUAGCAAUAUCAAAAUACACGCAAUUAUGAUAGACCUGUUUAACCUUAACAAAUGAACGAAAUUUUUAUUUCUGUAAUAUUGUAAUUUAUAAUUCGUCGAAUUGUUACUUAAUUUAAAGACAUGCGUUUUCCGUCAAUCGUCGAAAUCGGCCCGGAUUUGUCAUUUUCACUAAUUACACUAUUUUUGCACUGCUUAAGCCAACCUGAACACAACACCAAGGAGAAAAAAAGCCCAUUUCUGAUAUAUUGUUUUUUUUGUUUUUUUGUUUAAGUUGCCUACAGUUUAUUUUCAAUUGUCCUUGCUGUAUUACUGCUGGUAUUCAUAGUCAUCUUUGUAAACUGGUUCAGAAAAAAGCGAUUUGGCUUUUUUGUCGCGAGGCAAAAUGAAGGUACAUGGAUACAUGCUCACGAGCGUACAUUCUGCUUUGGUGAAGGAGGUACGUAUGUCACUUACAAUGUACAAUCCUCACUUUUUUCAUAUUUACGCGCGAUAAUUGUUGCAUUUGAAGCGAAAAAGUUCAUAAAAGACUCAUGGUUUACUCAUAAAGUGAUGCUCUUUGGUUGUUUUAUGCAAUACAAAGUUUGAUUGAAUGUCGUUGUAUACUAAUAUUGCAUUAAAGAGAAACGCCUUCAUCAGUGCUAGGGUUUAUCUUAGGGUAUGGACCAGUGGCCCAAACUCGGUUCCUGUUGUUCAUUCUCGUCCUUAAUCUUAGGAUCUAUCUUAUUGUUCUCCGGUUUCCCUUGCCUCACACAAACCAGCAAGUCAAAUUCAAAUUGAACCUUGCUAUACGUAAGCUUGCAAACGACUCCUUAAAAUCUCAGCGUUAUGUGGAUGAGGAAAUUACAAUUUACCUUUUAUAACCAACUAACUUUGCGUACGAUGCAUUUUUCUACAUUCCAUUUUACAUUUAUCUUUAAGUAGUGACAUUUUUUCUUCUUGGACUACUACACAGGUUCAAAGGAUAUCACAGACGGAAAAGGGACUGUUGUAUCUCGGUGUGCAUCCUAUGCAGAGAUUCCGCCACUUAAUAGAAAGUUGACUGCUGCAUCUCCAACGGGCUCGGAAGCUUUUGACUUCCAAGGAGCAAGCGAAUAUCGAGCAGCAUCAGCAUUGCUCAAGGGGCCAGGAAAGACAAUGCAGGUUGAACCUCACGUCAGCGGUGAAGAAAGGGAAGAUAGUUCUCGAAACUUCAAGAGGACAUAUUCGUGUGUUAGUAACAAAUCAACAGCGUCCGAAAUCUCACGAAUGAUGUGGAACAUCUCCAACAUUCCGGAAAACGCUGAUCCAAAAAUGGUCGCUUGUGGACUUGUGGAUCACAACGGAGGGAAAUUCACAAUAGGGAAUACUGGUGUGAGCCUAACCGUACCAACAGGAGCCAUCCCAGAGGGUCACACUGAAGGAAUUUACAUCGCUAUUGUAAACAGAGAAAAAGAACACCCGCAAAUCACUGGCAAACAGUCACUGCUGAGUCCAGUGGUUAAAUGUGGUCCCACUGGUCUCAAAUUUCAGCGACCAGUGAUAUUAAGUAUACCACACUGCGCGCUUCUUGAUAGAGGAGCAUGGAAACUCAAAGGUAAAAAUGGAAUCAAAUUGAGUAGGUCCCUCCCUUGUAAAUACCGUUUAAUUAUCUAAGGCUGGGUAUGCAGUUUUCUGAUCUUGGGUUUUACGGCUUCUCUUUUCAACGAGGUCAUGAAAACAUUUUCAACCAGUCCUUAGGUAGCUUUUAUUUAUUUUGUUACGUUCAUUUAAUACUUGCAAUAUUGAGAUAAGUACUGAUCUGUCGAGCACAACGUCUUGCAAGCACUUCCAAUUCGAGUCUAUUAACUUGUCAAACAGAAUAACAGGGAACUCCUUAUGAAUGCAUUAUUUUCUAAAUUUUUGGGUGCUUUUCUUCACUGCAACUUGUACAGGAAAGGUUAAUGCCAACGCAGGCUAUCUUAACCUGUUAGGCUUGGGACAACAUUGGAGCCUAAAAAUGCUUUCAGGAGUGUUGUUGACGUUGUUGAUGCUGUUGGUCGUUUUUUUUUUCUUCUUUAACGACUUCUUUUCUCUACCCGACAGUGCAGUAUAAUGAAAGUGAACCCAGCACAAUUGCGGAUUGGAAGCAGCUGAUUGAUGUCAGCACUCAGGAUGGAACUGAGGACUCCCAUGUUUUAGUUGGACCCAAUACGGUCCAUUUGAUGGUGGAUCAUUUUACCCUCUUUGCUGUGAUUGGAGAGUCAACAGCCGAUCAGAAAGCAGAGCGAGAUUUGCAGGUUUUAGCUUACGUUACACCUCCAGAAGCCAACUCCGACUGUGUUGUGAGAGUUUAUUGCGUUGAAGGCACUCCAGCAGCAAUUGAGGUUUGUGAAGUGACUCGCGAAGUAAGCUUGCUUUAGUUAGAAUAGAUGAACCCAUAUCUUUCGAAUUCGUAACAAGGGUACAGCGUGAGUAUCAAUAAUCAAGGAUUCUUUACUACACAGCUAUAUACGAGAAAACGAUUAUUAAAAUGAUUAUUUCCCACCAUACAAGCAAUUGGAUGAGUUGAUAUAUAAUUUAGAUUUUGAUAUAGUACGAAUACGGUAGAUCUUUGUCCAUUUUUCUGUAAAACAGGCCUUAAAUCAGAUUUUUUCCAAAGGUGGCGAAAUAUUUCUGCAAAGUAAAGUGGCAGAAUCAUCUUUAUUAGUGUUACACAUUUUCUUUGCUUGUUCUUAGCUAUUAUACCUGUUUCUUAUUCCAGGAUGUACACAAUCAUGAAAUAAAGAAGUAUCGAGGUGAAACGAUUGAAUCUCCUCAACAACUUCGCUUCAAGGACGGCGGGGGAGAUCUUUUAGUCGAACUUACGGAUUGUCAAACGGGCUGGCAGCCCAGACUGAAAACAAAGGUAGACUCAUCUUAUCGUGGUAUGAUAUACGUUUUGCAGGUCUAUUACGUGAAGGCCAAUGUUUGCGCCUUAAAAGAGAGUGAGUGCAAUGUCUUUUACGUUGAAAGUAGUUCCUAUUUUCGUAGAAAUGGAACCUCCGACCCCAUCUUGAAAGUGGCGGGUUUUUUUUUAUUCUACGAGAUGGCUUAUUUAUCACAUGUAUGUUAUAAACCAUGGAUUGCAUUUUCUAGCAAAACUGAAAAUGCAAAUGAAUGGUAUUUUAUGACGAGAGAGUGAUUACCGGCGUCAAUUUAGCUUUUACUUUUUUUUUUUUUUUUUUUAACUCAGAAAAUUCGUUUCCGAGACAUUUGGGAAGGCAUCCACCGCUUACCGAGUGCUACGUUUGUGUUCUCCUUGCGUGACACAACUGUGUCUGGAUUUAGUGCUCAAUUUGACGUGAGACAGGAUUGUGAAAAUGGUGACGAAAGAGAAGUCAAUGUUGUGACAACGGUCAAACGAGGACAUGAGGUGAGUUUGUUGAAAUCACAUUUACAACUGAUCGUCUUAGAAAGGAAACCCUUAGUGCUGGAACAAUUUGUCUUUAUAUUAGAUCGUUUCAGAUCGUGUGACGGUUCACGGACGUAGGAAACCCUUGCAAACGUGAUUUUGAAAUGUCUAUAUUGCUUUUUGUUUCGUCUUUUUGGACAUUUUGGCUCUUAUUCCUAGAUUUUCUUAGAAAUCUUUAUGUAACAUCUGUUUGACGGCAACUUGGUCCAACAGGCUUCCCUUCAGAAAUUAUGCAUACAUACAAUGACCUGAUUUGAUCACACAUCCAGUGAAAGACUGACGUUGCUUGCCCUCAGUUUUCUUCUAACAUUGAAAGGAAUCGAGAUGUCUUGCGCCGUUCAACCCAAUAACAUAUGGAUAGGUCGCCUGUGGCUGGCUGGCACAGGCAUCCUAAUUACUGGCUAGUUUUCUGACUGACUAGCCCGCAGGCUGACAGAAACUCUAAAAGAUAAAGAAAACCUGUAAGAGUAUUGGUAAUUACUAAUCGGUAGAUCUACAUUGGUCAGUUACACUGCGGUGAAGUUGCCUUUCUUUAUAUUUUUAGGAAAGUACGGGACCAAGGAACGAUCAAAGGCAAUCAAACACCAGCCUCGCUGCAAGGUGCGAAGAUUCGGCAAACUUUCCUACAGGGGCAAGUUUUGCAUGCCUGAUGGAUCAUUCCACGGCAUUGUUGAAUGCAGGAUCAAUCGGUAAUCCUUGGCAUUAUCGACAGUCAGAAGUCGCUGGAGCAUAUGGGGGUAUCCCUUCCUCGUCUCCCAUGUCUGCAAGGCAGAUGUCGUCUGGAUACUUUUCUGUUGGUUUCGAGUCACUGCAAACUGUGGGUUUGCUGAGUCGCGAAUUGCGGAGUAAACUUGCUCUCAUACUUGACCCCCCACUAGAGUCCGACUGGAAAGUUUUGGCAGAUAAGUUUGGCCUCACUCAUGAACACAUUAAGUGGAUUGAUAGUAGGAAAAAUCAUUCUCCUACAGAAAUCCUCUUUAACUAUUUGGAGACGAUUGAUGUACCACAAUAUCGAUUUUCUCUGCCAAAAUUAUCAGAAAUACUGCAGCAGAUUGGUCGGGACGAUGCCUUUGAGAUUGUUACCGCUGAAAUGUCAAAGAAGAAAGAAACAGAAGUUUGAUUCCCAGCUUUAGUAGAGAUGCCAUGGGAAGCAACAUUUUACACUAACAGAUCUUCAGGAGAAAAGCCCUUUAAGGCGUUUAAAAGUCUUUACGUUACAACCUUUUCUCGAAGUUAAGAUUCUUGGCAAAGGAUCUUAACAAUGCAGACGGCUAAUGUUCUCUAAUAUGAACUGAAUUUAUGUUCAUUCCUCUAAAGAAUGAUCGUUUUCGCUUCUUUAGCACUGAACAUUGGAAAUAAGUUCCCAUUGUUCCGCAUAUUACCUAGAUACAUAAUGGGAGAUGUUGAGUAGUCAUUUGAUGGCUUAAAUGUCAUUUUAUUGUUUGCAAAACAAUUUCUCAGACCAGAAAUCGUUCUUACGCUAUUUUCUCAGAUUUAUCGGGCUUUUUGAAACGAGUGUUUAACCUUCCGGACAAGAGCGUAUGAAAAGGCUCGCCAGCAUGGCUUAUGUUUUCAUUUUCGGGUACAAUGACAUGAUCAACCACCUCUCCGGUCAUCAUCAAUGCUUGGCGAGGUAAAUAUGAGAAAAGACAGGUACUUUGGGAUCUAGGUUUGUCACUAUCGUACCCAUUCAAAUGCUGUAGUUUUAGCUUUCGCCAGGGGACCUAGUUUUGAUGAUUUUCACAGCUUUGGUAACGCUACAUUUACCCUAUACCAAAGAGAUCGAUGAAUUAUUUUAGUACUAUCUAUAAUUUAUUUUGUUGUUUUUGGACAUUCUAUUAUUUUUUAAUUUAAAAUAUUUUCUAAUCUGAUCUCUGUGAAAAUAAAUAAACUUAGAAAUAAAAAC